AUGGCUAGCGCACCACAGUUACACAAUUCGGAUCCUCUGGACACUUCAACGCCUAUGCAAGGGGAAGGUGUGGGAAAUGGAUUCGCAUCUUGGUGGUGGCCUGUGAGAUUCCUCGGGUUGAGUGCCACUGGUUUGACUAAUGCCUGGGUGGCACUUCGUGAUGGUCGAAGAAGGGAAUUGGGUGAAGUCAUUAAGAAACUUGAAGGCGAUCGAUUUGUUGAGGAGGAAAGAAAUGCAGCUCUCGUGGCUGAGUUUACGAAGCUACGUGAGACUCCUGAGGAAAGAGCGGCUCCUAGCAAGACUUUGGCGGCGCCAGCUGUACGCCUGAGCAAAAGUCGAGGAAACAACCUCGAAACUGAAAGAGGUGAAGCUCACGAAUAA